GAGAACAUGCUCCUACAGGUGGUGAAGGAGCAGCAACUCGACAUGGCUUCCUGGCAGUACCGUCCUGUCCGGCAUCACCGGAACGGCAGGUUCCGCCGGUUCAGGCGCUAUGGCGCCAAGACCACGGAGAGGAUUACCAGCACCAGCGCUACUUGUCCGUUGCAUUGAGUGUAGAUUCAAAUCCUUUCGACAUCCGCUUCAUCUCAAUCUCUAGCCCCAACGGAACCGAGAUAACCUCACAAGCAGCUCUCUUCAGAGGACAACUAUGGGCCGGCACUGUGGCCUUCAAUGGCUUCUCAGCAGUUGGGGAUUGGACCAUCAAAGUGCUGGAUGGCAACCGCAGCCUUGCUACCCAAAAAGUUACCGAUGCGUUUUUGCAGUUUGGCCUGCAAGAUUGCAAUCGCAUCUCACCGGCUUCUGAUUGCUUCGGCAACUUCUUGCCAGAUGGAAAAAUUGGGAUCUUCUCCAAUCGGUCCCUGGUGGGCAUCAAUCUUUCCUCUACCGCGACCGUGCAAUUUUAUGCAGAUUUACCUCCUUCAUGUUGCCUCACAUUCGACCCCGCCCUCCUUGCCUUUCAAUUCAGCAACUCUCCCGAAAGUAAUGGACUUAUGAGUGCUGAUGGUCGCAGCCCCGAGCCAGGCAAUGCUGAGUUCAACUUGACUGGAAAUAUUGUUCAGGACUUCAUCUUCCUGGGGCAAGCCAUCCCCGAAAUUGCCGGCAAUCCCGCGGCUGGACUAUGGAAUUUCAACAUUUCCACGAGAUCCAUAGGCCAAAGAGUGCUGCAGCUGAGCUCCUCUCCGCAGCUGGAAAAGCCGUGGUGCGCGAGUGCUAACAAGGUGUCGUUGGAGGGACAUCGACAGAUGCAAUCAGUGGAGCCUCGAUACUUCCGCACCGAGGAAGCGGACAUUCACUUGCCCGAACAGUCCUACUUUGAGAUUGGGCUCUUUGACUAUCAGGACAAUGGUGAGGAUUUGCUGAUCGGCAAAAGUGUUCUGGAUCUUGAAGACAGGUACUACACCAGGGAGUACAAACUCAUGAUUCAAAACAGAAAGGUGCCCAUUGAAUACCGACCCUUGAUGUGCGAGUCCAUCGAUCCCAACACGCGAGAGAUCAGUACGAUUUCCAAAGGCUCCUUGGAGAUGUGGAUCGAGCUCUUGGACACCACCACGGCGGCAGAAGUUCCAGUGAGUAAACUCCUCCAGCCACCUGCGAUGGAAGUGGAAAUUCGCUUGAUUUGUUGGACCGUUCACGACUUGCAGAUGAGGAUGUGCAUUGAUGACUACGGCGACCAGCGUGAAAACGUGAGCAUCAGAGCGCGAUGCUCCAUCGACUGCAGAACCUACAAUGGACCUCAGCCCAGAGAGCAAGAAACGGAUCAGCACGAUUGUUGCGUGGGCGAUGGCGAAUUCAACUGGCGCUUUGUCUUCUCGCGAGUACAGGUCACCAAAGGUGUGCCCAUCGACUGCUUUUUGCAUCUCAGUGUUUGGGAGUAUUUUGCACUAGCGCGGCCCAACAUGUUGUGUGAGAGCUUGGUGGAGCUAAAGAGCUAUGUCAAGAAGGUCUCAGAAGAGCGGAUGAUGCUGGAGAUGGAAGCUGACAUGCCCUUGUCCAACGCACAGCUCUAUGCGGAGAUGAAGAAAGAGAUGAAGGGAGCCGGAGGAGCAGUGGAGUAG